AUGGCGUACUACGAUGCGGCUUGCGGGAACGCUUUGACAGAGGACGAGGCUGUGCAGCGGAUCCCGCAGGGCGAGAAGGUGCACUCCCAGGCGGGCUACCUCGUUUAUCUCUGCGAGCGUGCCGUGGCGGAAGCCGCACCGCCUGGGAUGUCGCUGGACUGUCUGCAGACAGAGGUGGGCCGCGUGUUCGUGGCUGGCAGCGGGUUCCUGGCGGACGCCGGCGAAGCCCCCUGCGAUCUUAUGACGCCGCACGCCUCGCCCCACCACCCAUUGGGCGCCGCCAAGGACGGCUACGACCUCUACAUCAUCGGCGAGGUGGAGAAGGUCAUCGAGGCGAAGUAUGCAUGUGGCGGGUCGACUGACGCAGACGACUGCAUAACGGAGGAGGACUUCAAGGGGUUCCUCGCAAUGCUUUCGUCCGCCGCUCUCUGGGGAGCGAUCGCAGGACAGAUCAUUUUUGGAGUUUUGGCGGACCGGAUUGGGCGCAGGAACAUUUUCAUCGUGACUGGCAGCCUUCUCGUCUUUGGCGCUGUGCUCUCUGCGAGCUGCCAGACGUUUGGGCAGGGGCCUCGCUUCAUGCUUUACCAGCUCGUCGUUUUCCGUGGCAUUCUCGGCUUCGGCAUCGGCGGCGAGUACCCGCUGUCGGCCACCAUCUGCGCAGAGGGCACAGCACCGCGCAAGCGAGCGACGAUGAUGUCAUUGGUCUUCGCGAACCAGGGCCGCGCCUGCGUCCCCGCCGCCUUCGCCUCCGGCGGCUCCGUGGAGGCGCUCGACGAGCUCCGUUUGCGGAGACGCCACGGUAUCUCGUUGUUCUUCCGCAUGAAGAUGCACGAAAGCGACGAUUUCUCCAAGGUGCUGAAGUCCAGGGCCCACGGCGCCCGCGGUGUGGGCACUGCUUCAACUGCGUACCGGCUAGGCAGGAAGGCCACUCAGAUUCAGGGAUACUGCAACAUGAUCCUCUGGUUCGGAGUGUGUGGAAUAUUCUACUCCAGUCUCAAGGCCCGGCCUUUCCACGACGUGGCCGUUCCGCUCUACGGCGCCGUCGCCCUGGAGUACGGCUUCCUGUACAUGUGGUUCACGCUCGCGGACGCCAUCGACGUCUUGCCCUUCUGCGAUGGGCAGGUGGUGCACUCCUACCCGCACCAGUUCCUGGACGUCGAGCCCAGGUGCAUGGGAUUCCUGCUCGACUGGCGCAGAUGCGGCUUCGUCGCCUACGCGAUGGAUCGGCUGCUGGGGCUCAAAGUCGGCUGGGGGACACGGUGGCGGGUUAUCUACGGGCUGACGUUCUUCUUCGCCAAUUUUGGGCCAAAUCUUACGACGUACGUAAUUCCUGGAGAGAUUUUCCCGUCUCAGGCCAAAGCCACCUUGCAUGGCUGUUCGGCUGCAGCGGGGAAGCUCGGCGCCGCAAUCGGAUCCAUGGUCAUGCCCUUUGUGACAGGGCAGCCCGCGACGCCAGACGGCAUCCGCUUGGCGAUGCUCAUCUGUUCAGGCCUUGCGAUUGGUGGUUUGAUACUCACCCUCUUCCUUACCCCGAGCUAUGGCCCAGACGAUCUCGAGCCGCAGGAAAGUGAAGAGACGGUCGGGUUCGUGCCCUUGUUCUUCCAGAGGAAGAUGAAGCAGAGCGAAUGGGAUGCACUAGUGGACGACAGCUCCGAGGAGGAAUCCGACUCCGACGGAGACAGUCGUUCCAGUUAG